AAAUUAACAAAAAAGGCUCAUAAUUAUAAUUAGAAUUAGAAUGCGAACAUGAAUAGUGAAGAAGACUGCCAACUCUUAACUCUGCUUAUUUUCACACAAACAUCAUCUCUCAACUCAAAUUCCCCAAAAUUCCAGAAUCCAAUCUCCAACAAGACCCCACAAAUUCUCCUCCCACAAAUCAUCAGAACCUAAUGGGACCGUCUCAAUCUCUCCUUCUCCUCCUCGCCCUCUCUCUCUCCUCCACGCUCCUCCUCACCUCCUCAACCGACUACUCCGCCCUCGUCUUCAAAGGCUGCGCCGACCAGAACUCCAACGGCCUCUACACCGCCUCCCUCCGCUCUCUCUUCGACGCGCUCAUCUCCCAAUCCUCCUCCGCCAAGUUCUACAAAACGACGUUGGGCGACGGCACCUCCGCCGCCGUGAGCGGCCUCUUCCAAUGCCGAGGCGACAUCUCCAGCGGCGACUGCGCCAAUUGCGUGAGGAAAGCCCCCAAUCUGGCGCAGAAGCUCUGCGGCGGAGCGAUCGCGGCGAGAGUCCAGCUCACCGGCUGCUAUCUCCGCUAUGAGAUCUCCGGAUUCCGGCAGGUGAGCGGCGUGGAGCUUCUCUACAAGAUAUGCGGCUCGACCAGGGCGAGCGGGGGCGGGUUCGGAGACCGAUUGGAUCUGGCGCUGGGGGAGAUUGUGAAGGGAGUCGUGAACGGAGGAUUCUACGCGGCGGCUUACGAGUCGGUGUAUGUGUUAGGUCAGUGUGAAGGAGAUCUGAGCGGCGGCGACUGCGUGAGCUGCGUGAAAUCCGCGAUCGACAAGGCGAAAUCGGUGUGCGGAAGCGCGAUCUCGGCGCAGAUAUACCUUCAGACCUGCUACAUUAGCUACACCUAUUACCCCAACGGCGUCGCCACCAACAACCAGCAGCCGGAAUUUUCCUCGUCGGGGGCGCAAGGAUGGAACAGAGAGAAGAUAAUUGCAGUUGUGCUUGGCGGAGCAGUAGGCGUGGGGCUGGUUAUGGCGUGUUUGUUGUUCACAAAAUCGGUUUUCAAGAAAAAGCACCGUAAUCACAAAUUUGGUGGAUGAUGUAUAAAUCAAAUUCCCAAAUCAUCUUGUUAAUUUUUUUUAUUAUUAUUGUUAAGGAAAAUUUUGGGGAAAUUGGGAUAUCUGAAAUACUUAAAGAUGGGGGAUUACUGUAAUUUGUAAAGCUUUUCUUCUCUUUUUUUUUUGAUUGAAGAAAAAUCAGAGAUGACUAUUUCAGAAGUAAAGGUAGCAUGCAUUAGUGUAAAACUAGCUGCUUUAUGAUAGUGGCAUAAAAUAAUGAAUGCAUAGAAUUUUUGUGUA